UACCUUAUUAAAAAUUAUAAAAGUUGUAUAAGGAGAACUCUAUUCCGUAUAUGCAAUACCUGUUUCAAAAAACACAUUCAGAACUAUAGACAUUUCUAUAGUGUUCUAAAGUAAAUUUGCGGCAGGAAAGAGCGGAGUCGGUCAUGAGCGACUACGAACGCGCGGCAAUGAACGUUGCAAGGGAGAUUUUCCCGAAUUCACGUUUGACUGGCUGUUAGUUCCACUACAAUCAGGUCGUACUCCGACGGUGGAAGUCGUUAGGUUUGAUACCAGCUCCAAGAAAGAUCCUUGGCCUUGCCAUGGCCUUACCGUUGGCUUCGGCUAACAUGUUUUUAGGCAAAGCUUAGAAAUCAUACAGGAAGAAGCCGAUGUAAUAUCAUCAGAGUACCCUGCUGUAUUACAUUUUACAGUUUAUCUACGACGAACCUGACUUCCGUUAAAAGAUAAAGUUUCUGUUUAUGGUACAUUCAUACGACAAACAAUUUAGCGAAAAGCUUCCAUUUUGUGAUGUUCCGGAAACUUGGUGGAAUACAUCCAAACAUUUGGAAUUUCCUUCAAAAGAAAUGAAUCAACAGUCGUGGAUCGCUCUAACAAAGCGUACAAAGUGUGAGAAAAAAAGAAAAAUUAUUAAAAAUCAAGAGAAUGAAAUACAUACGCUAAAAGAAUUAAAUAGAGACUUGCAAAAGGAGAUUCUUAACAAGUUAAGAACUUUUACGCAUAAGAACUGUGCAGUAUUACUUUGCUAUAUUCUAGUUUUAAUGACCGAAAUUAAUGAAAUGCUUUCAGAAAUUGAAAAUCAUGAGAGCGAAAGUAAUAAUAAGAAGAAAAAAAUACCUGUUGGGACUGUCAAGAAAUCCGAUCAAAUGGAAGAGACCAGUGGCUUUCGGUAUUAUUAUACAACAGUGUUAUAUGCAGCUCAAGAUCGCCAAAAAUGUUUGCCAAAAACUUGGCAUUUGCUGUUUUUGGAUACAACACAUUCAAAGGAAGCAGUGUCACAGGCGCAAAAUGUAACGCGAAACAAAAUGCGACGCCGAAGACUUCGCUAGACUCAACCAAACUCAUGGCAAUUAAAGAUAUGUAUCAUCAUUAUUUAAUGAGGAAUUUGCACUAUCCAGAAGAAGCAGCGGAUCUUGAAUUAGUGCAAGCAACGUCAUACAUAGCCUCCAAAAUAUCUGACAUGAACAGACUGUUAAAGGCAAAAAAAAGGGAAAGAAAAUUCCGCCAAGCAUCUUUGGAGGAUGAGGUGGACGAGUUACAAAAUUGAAUACACACACACGUACGCACGCACGCACGCACGCACCCACGCACGCACGCACGUGCACACAAGAACUCAUUUUGAUCACGAAUAUGCUAAAAGAUAUCUAUAUAUCUCGAAAAGAUAGAUAUCCGACCGUGCCACUCCACGCAGUACACCUUAGAUAACGCGCCGGCGGUAUCCAACCCUUAAACAUAUAAGUAGGUCUAAGAGACCCCGUAUAAAGUUUCGGAUGCUUGCUGUGUGAAGACAGAAUGAGGAGGUUCGGACCAGGACAGAAAAAAAGGUUGGAAUCUCUUUCGAUUGAUAUGGUUGAUCAACUUUUUUGAUCAACUAGAUCAAAUAUCAUACGAAUGUCUGCCGCGCUGAAGCGGGAUUUGAGUAUAAAAAAAGCAAGUUCGGUUUAGCAGGUGGAAAUCGUCGAAGUAAUUGUAAGAUCGCGAAGAAAAAAACGGAUAAGGCAAGGUUAACAAUUUAUUUUGCGAGAUUCAAUAUAUUUAAUUUGUAUGCAUGGAAGAAAAAUCUGGGAGAAAGGAAGACACCAAAACUCUCGACUUCCAGUGAAAACUAAAUUAAAUGACGUUAAUUAAUGCGAUUAUUGCGUUAAUUAAUGACAUUAAUGCGAUUUACGUCAUAGGUACUGUUACGCGAUGUAUUUUGCAAGUAUUAUGAUGAAAAACUAGGAUAUUUCCAAGACAUAAUAUCAACUUUCUAUUGCAUCUACAUGAUGAAUCAGAUUCAAAAUAUUGCAAUAUGUUCUCAUUAAUUAUUCAUCUUUAUAUUUAUAUACAUGAACAAAACAAUUCGAACAGCACGGCAGCAAAGUUUUGCUAGGAUUAAUAGGACCCAUAUAUAUAGUGUGUAAGUGAAACUUUUUUGUUAAUAACCUUAUGUAAAAAACUGAACAAAACACGUUCAAACAGAUCUGUUUGCGUAUGUUAUUCUGUCUAAAGUUAAAAUACUAUAGUGUGAAAAAGUGGACUUUUGCGUAGAAUCCAAAAUAUAUUAUGAAACAAAUAAAUUUUCAAUUUUAGACAACAUGAGUUAAUCAAAAACACCUCAUAUUAGCUUUGUUAUAUAAGUAUAUUUUUUAAUAGAAAUGGUAAUGACAUAAUUUCUUUUUGAAAGUAUGACUUUAGCUUUAAA